AGCUUCAAGCAACACGACAAAUCAACAAGGAACUUGACUAAAUUCAAACUUCCCAAUAUUGAGUUCCAAAUAAACCAUCAUGACCUAUUUUCCAGGAUCGGGUGCCCUCUUUUUGUUCGUCUACAUCUCCACAUUUGUAACAGGUCUUCCCCUGAACAUAAUGGCCUUGUGUACGCUCAUUAAAAAAUUUAGGCAAGAUGUCGUACCAGUGGACAUCCUGUUGGUCAAUCUGACUAUUUCCGAUUUGCUUCUUUUGACGUUUCUUCCCUUCCGCAUGUUGGAAGCAGCGUCUGGCAUGCAGUGGAAUAUGCCAUAUGUUUUAUGUCCUUUGUCAUCAUUUCUGUUUUUUAGCAGCAUUUACACCACCUCUCUCUUCCUCAUGGCCAUCAGCUUGGAGAGGUAUUUUGCGGUUGCCUUUCCUAUCAAAUAUGCACUUUUCCGGAAACCAAUCUACCCUGUGCUGACUAGCCUCUUCAUCUGGUUCAUUGGAUCUCUUCACUGCAGUAUUGUUUUCAUCGUGGAGCACAUUAUUCCCAGCAAUACAACGGAAGACAGUAUGACGUGCUACAGUACUUUUUCUCCACUCCAGCUCCAAAUUCUACUCCCGUUCAGGCUUGAAAUGAGUUUGGUUCUCUUCCUCAUCCCAUUCGUGAUCACCGUCUUCUGCUAUGCCAAAUUCAUCAAGAUCCUCCUGUCUCAGCCUCGUCUGGAGAGAAAGAGAAAAAUGAGAGCCAUCUGUUUAGUGGCGAUCACCCUCAUUAAUUUCAUUCUUUGCUUCAUGCCUUAUAAUUUAUCGCAUGUCGUGGGUUUUUUCCAAGGCGAUAGUCCAGAAUGGAGAGUCUAUGCUCUGCUGUUAAGCACCUUUAACGCAUCGUUGGAUCCUGUCAUUUUCUACUUCUCAUCUGCUUCCUUUCAAAACGUAUUUUUGGAGGGACUGGUGGACGUAUUAAAAAUGUUGCAUUUGGGAAAAUGGUGCUAUAAAAUUUGUAUUGCACCUUGUGAGAGAGAGACUAAAGAGAUUGCUUCCUUAUCUUAG